AUGCACGCGCGCGGCCCCGCACUGCAAAUUUCCACCGGGGAGGGAGAGUGGCUGGAUGCGGAGAGUUUGGAGUUGCUUGCGGCGGAGGGCAGGAAGGGGAGCAGGGCCGGGAAAAGGGGCUGGCGGGCGCUAUAUCUGGGAGUAAGUUUCCAGGAUCAGGAGAGCCUGCACGCUUGCUCGCUACUCUGUUCGUCCCCCAUCUCACCCCCCAAGAGGAGGCUUGUCUUCUUGUCGGAUUGCCCAUGCACUUGUUGCAGAAACAGCCAAGAACCGGGUCUCCUCUUCCCACCUGCCCAGCAGCAUGAGAGCAGCAUGACUGGCCAGCCGCAGGAGAAGCCCCCAGAGCCAGGCCCCCAACUCAACCAUCUGUGGCAGAGGUCAAGCUUGAGAGCCCAACCCGAGGGCAGACACCUCCUUCUUUCCCAGUAACCACGCUGGAGAGCAUGGUCUGACCUGUGGCCACACUCAGAGUCCCUCUCAGACACCCGCUGAGCUGCAUGGACCCACGGAGAACUGGAGGCCUCUGCUGCAGGGGCUGCUGCCCCAGAGAGCCUCCUCCAGUGAUGAAGUCACAUGAGCACCAACAGUCUCCUGUUUCUCUCGCUGCCCAGUGAGCAACAUACCAGAUGCACUUGGCCUUUCCAGGGUGUGAACAGCAUCUCUUCACCACGGUGGUGUUCGGUUGGUACCUCAGCCCCAGUGGGGAUGUAAAACCCCCUGCUCUGCACAUGAGUGGUGCAGGCCAGCAGGAACACCUGGCUCCAGCCACAGUCACAGACAUGUCAACCAUGGAAUAGAGUGGACACAUUCUCUCAGGUUCUCAGGGUUUCAGUCCUUCUGGGUUUGUUUCAUUGACCUUUUUUUAUGGUUUUUGUGGCUGGACAUACACAAUCAAGGCAGGCACCAUGGGAGAUCAGCAACUGUACAAGACCAACCACAUGGCUCACAGUGGUGAGAACCUUUUCUACCAACAGCCAGCACUUGGCAUCCAUGGAGGGCUGAACCACAACUAUGGGAAUACAGUCCCAGGAGCUGGAAUGGAUGCCCCCCAGGCAUCACCCAUCUCCCCCCACUUCCCUCAAGAUACUCGGGAUGGUCUAGGCUUGCCUAUUGGCUCCAAGAACCUUGGCCAAGUGGAUACCUCGAGGCAGGGAGGAUGGGGAGGCCAUGCAGGGCCCGGAAACCAUGCCCAGCUACGUGGCAGCUUGACCAACUCAAACAUGAUGUGGGGGACACCAGCCCAGGCUGAGCCCACUGAUGGCUACCAAUAUACCUACUCCCAGGCCAGUGAGAUCCGGACCCAGAAACUCACCAGUGGUGUCCUGCACAAGCUAGACUCUUUCACCCAGGUGUUUGCCAACCAGAACCUGCGAAUUCAGGUCAACAAUAUGGCGCAGGUGCUGCACACCCAGUCAGCGGUGAUGGAUGGGGCCCCUGACAGUGCGCUCCGCCAGCUGCUGUCCCAGAAGCCCGUGGAGCCCCCAGCACCAGCCAUGCCUUCCCGCUUCCAGCAGGUGCCCCAGCAACCUCACGCGGGCUUCACCGGCGGGCUGUCCAAACCAGCUGUUCAGGUCGGGCAGCACCCUGGCCAAGGGCACCUGUACUAUGAGUACCAGCAGCCCCUAGCCCAAAUGCCGACACAAGGAGGGCAGGCCCUGCAGGCUCCGCAGGUGCUGUCCCCACACCUGCAGCAGGCACAGCACCAAUAUUACCCACAGCAGCAGGCUGGCCCACAGCACCUGGCCCUGCAGGAAGCGCAGUCGCAGCCACCGCGGCAGGGUGCCCUGCAGAUCCCUCAGUACUACCAGCCCCAGACCAUGAUGCAGCACCUGCCGGAGCCCCAGCAGCCACAGAUGCACCUGCAGCCGCCUUACCAUAGGGACCCGCACCAGUACACCCCGGAGCAGGCGCACGCCAUGCAGCUGAUCCAGCUGGGCUCCGUGCCCCAGUACUACUACCAGGAUCCCCAGCAGCCCUACAGCCACCCCCUGUACCAGCAGAGCCACCUGGCUGCACACCAGCAGCGUGAGGACAGUCAGCCCAAGACCUACCCAACUGACAGGCAGACCCAGACCAUGCUGAGCUCCCACACAGAUCUGGGGCCUCCUGAUCCAGGAAUGGGAGACACAGUGAGCUCGGAUCUGACCCGGGUUGGCAGCGCCCUCCCCCAUCGGCCGCUCCUGUCCCCCAGUGGGAUCCACCUCAACAACUUGGGGCCUCAGCACCAGCAGCUGUCUCCCAGUGCCAUGUGGCCCCAGAUGCACCUACCUGAUGGCAGAGCCCAGCCAGGGUCCCCUGAGUCAAGUGGCCAACCAAAAGGAGUGUUUGGGGAGCAGUUUGAUGCCAAGAACAAGCUGACAUGUUCCAUCUGCCUGAAGGAGUUCAAGAGCCUGCCUGCCCUGAAUGGCCAUAUGCGGUCCCACGGGGGAAUGAGGGCCUCCCCCGGCCUCAAGCAGGAGGAAGGAGAGAAGGCCCUGCCGCCUCAGCCCCAGCCGCCACUGCCUCCGCCGCCGCCGCCACCGCAGCUCCCUCCCGAGGCAGAAAGCCUCACACCUAUGGUCAUGCCCGUGUCUGUCCCUGUCAAGCUUCUCCCGCCCAAGCCCAGCUCUCAGGGCUUCGCCAGCAGCGCCGUUGCUGCCCCCUCCGCCAGAGACAAGCCAGCCAGCUCGAUGUCGGACGACGAGAUGCCCGUGCUCGUGAGGAUGACCCUCUCUCCCCCACACUCACCCCAAGGGGCUGCCCCCCACAUGCCUGCUGAAAUUCCCAAGAAGCACCCGGCGGGCGUGGCCAAGGCCGAGGAUCCCUUCAAGGCCCUGCCGGAGAAGAAGUUCCGGCACCGGCCCGAGCCGCUCUUCAUCCCGCCGCCGCCCUCCUACACCCUGCACCCCGCCGCCUCGCACUCGGGCGCCACCCUGUACCAGAGCCAGCUGCGCUCCCCGCGCGUCCUCGGGGACCACCUGCUCCUGGACCCCGGCCACGAGCUGCCCCCCUACACGCCGCCACCCAUGCUGAGCCCGGUGCGCCAGGGCUCGGGGCUCUUCAGCAACGUGCUCCUCCCCGGGCACGGCCCCGGCGGCCACGCACAGCUGCCCCUGACGCCCCUGACGCCGACGCCGCGCGUGCUGCUGUGCCGCUCCAGCAGCAUCGAUGGCAGUAGCAUGACAGUCACCCCUGGGCCUGGAGAGCAGACUGUUGAUGUUGAACCACGUAUCAACAUUGGCUGGAGAUUCCAAGCAGAGAUCCCGGAACUCCAGGAUGUUUCUGCCCUGGCCCAGGACACACACAAGGCCACACUCGUAUGGAAGCCCUGGCCGGAGCUGGAGAACCAUGACUUCCAGCAAAGAGUGGAGAAUCUCCUGAAUUUGUGCUGUUCUAGUGCAUUGCCCGGUGGAGGGACCAAUUCUGAAUUUGCUUUGCACUCUCUCUUCGAGGCCAAAGGUGACAUGAUGGCUGCUCUGGAAAUGCUGCUGCUUCAGAAGCCAGUCAGAUUAAAAUGUCAUCCUUUAGCAAAUUACCAUUAUGCCGGUUCGGACAAGUGGACCUCCCUAGAAAGGAAACUGUUUAAUAAAGCACUAGCCACUUACAGCAAAGACUUUAUUUUUGUACAGAAGAUGGUGAAGUCUAAGACGGUGGCUCAGUGUGUGGAAUACUACUACACAUGGAAAAAAAUAAUGCGGUUAGGGCGGAAGCACCGGACACGCCUCACAGAAAUUGACAAUUAUGUGGUGAGUGAAGCUGCUCAGUUGCUGCUCAUGCUGGCCCCACUCCCACCCUACGUCCAGACGAGUGAAGAAGAAGAAGAGCUAGAGGAGGAGGAGGAGGACCCGGAAGAAGAUAGGAAAUCCACAAGAGAAGAGGAGAGUGAAGUGCCGAAGUCCCCAGAGCCGCCACCGGGCCCCGUCCUGGCUCCCACAGAGGGGCCACCCCUGCAGGCCCUCGGCCAGCCCUCGGGCUCCUUCAUCUGCGAAAUGCCCAACUGUGGGGCUGACUGUAGAUGUCAUGUCACUCCCUUUCUUUCCCAGGUGUUCAGCUCCCGACAGGCACUGAACGGCCAUGCCCGCAUCCAUGGUGGCACCAACCAGGUGACCAAAGCUCGGGGUGCUGCCCCCUCUGGGAAGCAGAAGCCUGGAAGUGCUCAGAGUGGGUACUGCUCAGUGAAGAGCUCGCCCUCUCACAGCACCACCAGCGGCGAGACAGACCCCACCACCAUCUUCCCCUGCAAGGAGUGUGGCAAAGUCUUCUUCAAGAUCAAAAGCCGAAAUGCGCACAUGAAAACUCACAGGCAGCAGGAGGAACAGCAGAGGCAAAAGGCCCAGAAGGCGGCCUUUGCGGCCGAAAUGGCAGCCACGAUCGAAAGGACUACGGGGCCGGUGGGGGCACCAGGGCUGUUGCCCCUGGACCAGCUGAGUCUCAUCAAACCUGUCAAGGACGUGGACAUCCUCGAUGACGACGUUGUCCAGCAGUUAGGAGGAGUCAUGGAAGAGGCUGAGGUCGUGGACACCGAUCUCCUCUUGGAUGAUCAAGAUUCAGUUUUGCUUCAGGGUGACACAGAACUAUAAAGCCCUGUUUGUCACUCGGAGACAGCAAAACCCCACAGCCUUUGUCUUCAUUAUUCAGGAAACCUGGACUGCCUGCUUGUUUUGUAACCAUUUUUAACUACCUGUUUAAAAAGUGGUUGUUUUAUUCAGGUUUAGAAAAAAAUUCCAGUUUCUUUUCCUUUUAUUAAAAAAAAAAAUUGUUUUUUGUGGGAGGUUGGGUGGAAUAAGUAAUUGGCUGGCACAACUCUGUUUAAGAGGUAUUUCUUCUGGGCUACAUUCCCAUGAACUCAUUCCUGGCAAGGCAUGAACCUGACGUUCAUGUUCUUUUGCUUUCAGAUGUCAACCAUCCUGGUUACCUUUUAUCCCAAAGCUUGCGGCAACUGUACGUAUAUGUAUGUGCGAAGCAGGCCACCUUUGGCCAUCCUUUCCCACCAAGAGUUAUUUUGGUUCUGUUCUGACCUCACUCUGUAGUUCGCAGUGAACUUGGAGACUUUGCCAGGAGACUCUGUGCUUUCCAGGGGGUAGCUUUCCAGGGAGCAGAGCAAGCUCUCGUGGUCCACAGCUUUCUGCUAGCACACGGGUCAUCUGAAAAGUUGCCCAAAUGUGAAAAUAAGUUUCCUUCCUGCUUUGCCUGUCACUCAUUGGCCUGUUUCUAGGAACUCAGUACUGUAUAUGAAAUUUCCGGCUUUCACUCCACAGCAAUGAUCUACUAAGGACCUCGUAGAGUAAGUGUGUCCUCAGUCCAUGUUCCCUGGGGACUGAUUGGCUUCCUGAAUUGGCACAGCUGUGUCUCGGCAUGAGCCAUCUGGAGGAAAAUAACCCCAACUAUUAAGUUACCGGGGUGCUUUUUAGGGAGGGUGGUGGAGGGGCACUCAUGGGAAUACCUGGGUGCCAAGUGUUCUCUGCCCCAAAAUUAGAUGGGAGGAGCCCAUUCUUUUUUGCAACACUGUCAGUCGUCAGUGGAGUUCUGAAAUGACUAUGUGCCACUUGGAAGUACUGUGAAACCUCAUUCACUGGGAUUUUGCUGUAAUUCACCAAUGCUGGAUCAAAGUUUAGCUUGAUGCAAGCUCUGCAAAAAGGGGUUUUCUAACCAAUUUGGUAGCAAAUAAAGGGAAAUAGCAUUAAAGGGAAACAAAAAAUGGUUUCAGAUACCACUUCAGCUGCAAUGUUUGCAUUCAAACAAUGAAUGUAUUCAUUAAAGUCAUUUACCAAAGCACUUCUAGAAUUCUCCAAGCUACAUAACUCUGCUCUGCCUCCUCCUGUCCCUGUAGCAGGGUUGCUGUUUGUACUUGAAGGGAAUAAACCUGUAAUCCUUCACAAAUGGCAUGUAGCUCAGGCUUUUGAGCUGAGUCAGACUGCUCCAUCCCCAUUAGGGUACGUGAGUGUGCACCUUCAGACUGGGAGGCAGCCCCUGUGCAGAGAGACUGCUGCUGGCAGCUCCCCCUUGGUAUGAAUGCUUCCUGACUUCCAGAAUGGGGGCUUUCAGGCCUUGCCUCACCCCCAAGUAGGUUGGUUCCCCCGUUCCUGUAGAUGGGGCAAUCAUUUCAGGCCACUUGGCUGGCACAUUAAUAGCUUGGCAUUAGAAUGUCAGUGGAAGCAUGAAGAUGGGGCCUGAUCAUCUUUUAAGUUUGAUUUUGCAAAAGCACACCGUCAUGGCCCACAGCGACCCCACACAGGCAGUGUUCUCUGAAUCUCAGGAAAGCCAUGGACAGAAAAUAAAUACAAAGAUUCUUUUCAUUUCCAUCAUUCUGUUUUCAGAAAAGAGGUGUUGGAGGUUUCCUUCAUCUUUUCUUUAGGGAAAAAAAAAUGUCUUUUUUUUUUUUAAUUUGCUGCCAUUUCAGAUGGGUCAUUCUCUCGUAUGCUUUGGGUAGGAGCUGUCCAGGCAAUGUGCAUCAGCUUUGUGGCAGAACUGCUCCAGGACGAUUCCAACUGUAAUAUCGGCUGAUCACAUCUAUCCCAGUGACUGCUUCCCUCCGCUUGAAGGUGUCAGAGUGAUUCUGGAAUGGUUCUGCUACUGGGUUUAUGGAAGCUUGUCUAUCAAAUGAGACAACACCCAGAAAAAUGCUUAUAAAGCAAAUGUAUUCGUCCUGUUUGGAGACUUGCCCAGCUGUUCCAGUUUUAAACAUUAAAAAUAACUGAAUUGCUAAGGCAAAAAUAUAAUGCAUAAUUUAAUUUUGAUUUUUCAUGCAGUAUGGUGUAAGCAGUUUUUACUUGAAAUAACCAAAGAACUCCUCCUCAAUGGGACAGUUCAAAUUCCUGAAUUAGUAUUUCUUGAUACCAACUUAAAAUUUUGACUUCAUGGUAAAAUAUUGCACUUAAUUUUUUUUUCCUGAAAUGAUUCUGCCUGCAUGUAUGUGUUGUGUUUUAGCUUCCCCCUGACCCAUCCCCCACCCCAAAGAACUUUUCUUCCUAAAGGUUAAUGUCUUCAACAUGGUUACUGUUUACUUCAGAUGGUUUUUCAUUAGUGAAUAUAGACCUCUUUGAGAAAGCUUGUAUAUAAAAAGUUAACAGAUAUAUUUUAUGGAAAAACCCAUCUUAUUUUCAGAUAUAUUUAACUGCUGUUAUAUUUUAUUAGAGGAAGGUUGUAAAUAUUUUCUAGGAGUUCUAUUGUAAAGAAAAGUAUUUUUGAAAAAAAUUAAUGUAAUAAAAACAAAAACAUUUUUUAAUAGUGGUUGUGAUUGCUUCCUGUUCUGACUUCAUUAUGUUCUAUUCUCAGCAAAUGACUUUGCAUGCUUUCCCAUUUCAGGAUGUAAUUUAUUCAGGUUUGCACUAUAUAAGUUGACAUCACAGUAUCUAGUGUGCUUAACUGUAUUUUCCCCGGAAUGCAGGUCCCUUGGUCCAUAUUGAAAGCACUUAUGUAUAGCAUAUUCAUAAUUUUUCUUUUGUAAUGUGUGUAUUUUUAAUAAGGAUUUUAUGUAACAUUUUGGCAAAAUAGAGGACAGUAUUUUCUAGUGAAUUUUAUAAUACAUUUUGCUAAAAAGGUUUCUUCCUAGUUCAGUUUUUGUUAAGGUGAGCCAAAAGUCUUAUUUUACCAGGGGUUUUAAAAAAAGUUCAAAGCUUGAAAGCAAAGUUAUAUUUAAACAUCACAUGUAACAAAUAAAAAGAAGUUUUACAGACUCGUCCUCAAAAGGUGCAUUCCUUAAAAUCAAAAACAACUGUGGCAUUCUAAGUUGUUUUUCCCUGAGUGAUAAGCAUUUUUUUAAAUGAUCACAAUACUUUUUUUAGAAAGAGAGCCAGAAGAAUUUUAUUGAAAAGAUUCCAGUCAUUAGCCACCUCAGAAAUUUAUUACAGUUCUAUAGAUAGGCAUUCAUCAAGUAAGAGAUGUAACCAAAUAGAAACUGUCCUAUUUAUUUGUGAAAACCUGAUUCAAUAUUGCAUCAGCUGCUCUGAAAAUAAAAUGUUAUCUUUUUGAGUUUCA